CUAACCGUUUCAAAAUGAAGUGUUAUAUCUUUAACCUUGUGUUUUUAGCAAUGUUUGUCUAUCAAACGUCUACUGCUAAACGUCUGAAAUGCCUCAAAGAACACCGCCAACCAACUCAAAUAAAUAAAUACGAAUUCUGCUGCAAACAGCAAUUCUGCGAUGAAAAUGACGUAAAGAGCUGCAAACUCAUUUACCCUUACCACGAGUAUAUGGAAUCGCUGAACGGCAAAGUGAGCAACUUCGUGUACGAGGAAAACCCGAUCAAACAAAACGAUCCGUUUAAUGUGGAGAGAGAAAAACGGGAACUUCAUUUCGACGUCGGUGAUUCGCUUUGCGAGUCGGAAAAGAUGCCGGAAGUUCGACCUUUCAUCGCGAAAAAUAUUUGGGGGCAGUGGAAGUACAUUGUUAAUACCACCACUAUCACUCAGAGUUUGGAUAACAUUCAUAAAUGCAAACCGGACUCUCCAGAUUGCAGCCCAUUGCUUGUAGACGACAGAGAAAACUACAAAUGCAAGGAACAAAAGUUGCUGGAUAUUCUACUUACCUUCGAAAAUUGUAAAUUUUCGUUUGAUCUAUUUUACAUCUCCUCCUAUUGUGAUUGCAAAUGCCUGAAGAAAAAAAAAUCCAGCAACCAUUAUUAGUAGUAUUAACGUCGCGACGUCGUAAUAUCAAAAUUGUAAAAAUUAAAUAUAUAUUAUAAAAGUGAUUUGAAAUAAAAACCAAUCCUGG